CAUACUCCAGUGCAGGUGGGGAUUCAGAGUUUAUCUACAGUGCACUAUCCACUCUCUGGGCUCUGUGGGUGGAGCUAGGAGGGAAAUAGAAAGGUUGGCAGAUGUAUGAGGACAACUGAAAUUCAUAUCAGCUGGCUGAGAGUUCAUGUCACCAGAGUUCUGACUCGCUUGCUGUGCUCUUGCCUGCUGUGCUCUCGUAAUUGAUUUUGAAAAGGUUUUCUGGCUACAACAAAAUCUGAUUAAAUUAGUUAUCAAGCAAAUUGAAUUGUUCAAGCUGCAGCCAUUCUAGAAGUUCUAAACAUCAUUUAAAAGAAGAUUUCAACCUCAUUCCACUUCAGCCUUCUCUAAGGAGCUGCUCUUGUGCUGUUUGGCCCCUUCUCACCUGGAAUGGAGCAAAGCUUACAGCCCUGUGGGAGCAAAUGAGCAACAGAAGGGAAAAGAGCAACUGCUAUUCUUUUGAAAUACCCAGGGAGAGGAGCCGGCAGACUAUGAUGAGCAGCAUUGAACAGAGAGCUGAGAUCCUGUUGUGUCUAUCACCCGUUGAAGUUGCCAAUCUUAAGGAAGGAAUCAAUUUCUUUCGAAAUAAGAGCACCGGCAAAGACUACAUCAUAUACAAGAAUAAGUGCCACCUGAGGGCAUGUAAGAAUAUGUGCAAGCAUCAAGGAGGCCUGUUCAUAAAAGAUAUUGAGGAUUUAGAUGGAAGGUCUGUUAAAUGCACAAAGCACAACUGGAAAUUAGAUGUGAGCACCAUGAAGUAUAUCAAUCCUCCAGAAAGCUUCUGUCAAGAUGAACUGGUUGUUGAGAUGGAUGAAAACAAUGGACUUUUACUUCUAGAACUGAAUCCUCCCAACCCCUGGGAUUCAGAGCCCAGAUCCCCUGAAGAUUUGGCUUUCGGAGAAGUGCAGGUAACAUAUCUCACUCACGCCUGCAUGGACCUCAAGUUGGGAGACAAGAGAAUGGUGUUUGACCCUUGGUUAAUGGGUCCUGCUUUUGCCCGAGGAUGGUGGUUGCUACAUGAGCCUCCGUCUGAUUGGCUGGAGAGGCUGUGCCAAGCAGACCUCAUUUACAUCAGUCACAUGCACUCAGACCACUUGAGUUACCCAACACUGGAGAAGCUUGCUGGGAGAAGACCAGAUAUUCCCAUUUAUGUUGGAAACACAGAAAGACCUGUAUUUUGGAAUCUGAAUCAGAGCGGUGUCAAGUUGACUAAUAUCAAUGUAGUGCCAUUUGGAAUAUGGCAGCAGGUAGACAAAAAUCUUCGAUUCAUGAUCCUGAUGGAUGGUGUUCAUCCUGAGAUGGACACUUGCAUCAUCGUGGAAUACAAAGGUCAUAAAAUACUCAAUACAGUAGACUGCACCAGACCUAACGGGGGAAGGCUGCCUGAGAAGGUUGAUCUGAUGAUGAGUGACUUUGCCGGAGGAACAUCUGGCUUUCCAAUGACUUUCAAUGGUGGAAAAUUCACUGAGGAAUGGAAAGCCCAAUUCAUUAAAACAGAAAGGAAGAAGCUCCUGAACUACAAGGCCCGGCUGGUGAAGGACCUGCAACCCCGAAUCUAUUGUCCCUUCGCUGGGUAUUUUGUGGAAUCCCACCCAUCAGACAAGUACAUUAUGGAAACAAACAUCAAAAAUGACCCAAUUGAACUCAACAAUCUUAUCAAGAAAAAUUCUGAUGUGAUAACAUGGACCCCACGACCUGGAGCCACCCUUGAUCUGGGUAGGAUGCUGAAGGACCCAACAGACAGCAAGGGCAUCAGAGAGCCUCCACAGGGGACUAAAAUUUACAAGGAUUCCUGGGACUUUGAACCUUAUUUGAAAGUUUUGAAUGCUGCUGUAGAAGAUGAAAUAUUUCUUCACUCAUCCUGGAUAAAAGAAUACUUCACUUGGGCUGGAUUUAAGGAUUAUAACCUUGUGGUCAGGAUGAUUGAGACAGAUGAGGACUUCAGCCCUUUACCUGGAGGAUAUGACUAUUUGGUUGACUUUCUAGAUUUAUCCUUUCCAAAAGAAAGACCACGCCGAGAACAUCCCUAUGAGGAAAUUCGUAGCCGGGUUGAUGUCAUCAGACAUGUGGUGAAGAAUGGGCUGCUCUGGGAUGACUUGUAUAUAGGAUUCCAAACCCGGCUCCAGCGGGAUCCUGACAUAUACCAUCAUCUGUUUUGGAAUCAUUUUCAAAUAAAACUCCCCCUAACGCCACCCAACUGGAGGUCAUUCCUGAUGCGUAAUGAGCAGAAUGGGCUUGGGAUUCCCCAGGAAUAGAAAGCAAUAUGAAAAGUUCCAGAAUUCACUGGUCAAUUAAAAACAAAAUAAAAC